CCCACUGAAACGAUGAAAGAAGAAAUCGCUGUCGCGGUAGUUUUCAUCACCCGACUAGUAAAGAAAAAUGAGAAAUUCAGCAAGCAGAAGAUAGAGAAAUUUGGGAACAAACUGACAAAAAUAUUGUUUGAAAAAUAUAAGAAUCACUGGUACUGGGGAAACCCACCCAAAGGACAAGCCUACAGGUGUAUCAGAGUAAACAAGAAUCAGCCUCGGGAUCCUGUGCUCUUUCAGGCCUGUGUGGAAAGCAACAUUGAGUAUUCAUCUUUGGAACUACCGAAAGAACUCACUAUCUGGGUGGACCCAUAUGAAGUGUGGUGUCGGUGUGGAGAAAAGAACCAGCCAUUCAUUGUAACAAAGCUGGAGGAACAGAACUCUAAUCUGGAAAUCUUCAUGCACAUCAGCAAUGCUGCAGAACGAGCUACCUCUGAUUAUUUCUCUGGGACAUCCUCAGAUGAGGAAGGUUGCAACAAGGAGUUGAAUACAACCUGUGCUAUAAGCAGUGCCCUUGGGGAAGAGGAAAGCUUCACCACAGCUAUAGAAACAAAGACCAUACCAAUUGUGAGCAACCCAAACAGUAUAUAUCAGGUGGAAGAUUUCGGGGGAGGAGGAAUUCCUGGUGAAGAGCCCCAAACAAUCCCCACUGUGAUUAAUCCAAAGAGCAUCUACCAGUAUGAUUACUACACGCACCCUGCAGCUGGCUGGCCCAGGUCAUUUCGCAAGAAGUCAUUUGUAGAAGAUUGUAAUGGCUACUACCCUCCCCAGAAAAUCUACAAAAUGUACAGAGUUUCCAAUAUGUUCACAGUUCCCCACAUUGAUCGGUAUCACUGGGUGAAUAUGAAGCGUUGAUCUGUUCUUGUCUUCUUUCUCUUGCUGUCUGUCUUAUUGUGAAGUUAACUUUCUGGCAAUCCAGAUGAUCUGCUGACUAGUGUAAGGUGUGUCCUGACAUACUGGGGAGGUGGAUUUAAAAUGUUCCAGCACUAAGCUCAACUGCACUCAUUUACAUGAUCUCUUAAACUUGAGGACAAAUUUUAUUACACAAGAUUUAAAUUCUUACUACAAAUGUCUAUAUAAUAGGUGGGUGUUUAACUUGCCAUUUAAACAGUUUUAAGGCUAGAAUGGAAAUGUUUGAAAAUGUAUAUUGAAUAAAAAGCCACUCUUUUAAACUUGC